AGUAGAGAAUGCCCAGUGGAUUUAGUCUGUGAGAGUCACAUUUCUUAUUUGGACCAGUGUAGACAGAAGCAAACCCAGCUCACUUGCUUCCUGGGACAGUUGAGUUAGGGGAUGGCUUUCACAGAGCAUUCAUCACUGACCCCUCACCGCCGGGACCUCUGUAGCCGCUCUAUCUGGCUAGCAAGGAAGAUUCGUUCAGACCUGACUGCUGUUAUGGAAUCUUAUGUGAAGCAUCAGGGUCUGAACAAGAACAUCAACCUGGACUCUGUGGAUGGUGUGCCAGUGGCAAGCACUGAUCGGUGGAGUGAGCUGACCGAGGCAGAGCGACUCCAAGAGAACCUCCAAGCUUAUCGUACCUUCCACGUUAUGUUGGCCAGGCUUUUGGAAGACCAGCAGGUGCAUUUUACCCCAGCUGAAGGUGACUUCCAUCAAGCUAUACAUUCCCUUCUACUCCAAGUUGCUGCUUUUGCUUACCAGAUAGAGGAGUUAAUGGUGCUCCUGGAACACAAGAUCCCCUCCAGUGAGGCUGAUGGGAUUCCUGUUGUUGUUGGAGAUGGUGGUCUCUUUGAGAAGAAGCUAUGGGGCCUAAAGGUGCUGCAGGAGCUUUCACAGUGGACAGUGAGGUCCAUCCAUGACCUUCGUGUCAUUUCUUCUCAACAGACUGGGAUCCCAGGACAUGGGAGCCUUUAUAUUGCUAAGGACAAGAAAAUGUAGCAGUUAGCCCUCUCUUCCUUGCUUUCUUUUCUAAGGGAAUAUACAAGUUCUCUGGGUCCUCAUUUUCCCAUCUUAAGUUUUUGAAAACCUUUAAGACCAGAGGCAUUUUCAUCAGAUAGGGUUGGACACAUGCACAAAUGGGCAUACAGGUUUAGUCUGGGUUGGGUGCAUGCAUGCGUGCGUGGGUAUGUGUGUGAUGGAGGGUGUAGGGAAAUGGCAGCGGGGACAGCAUUCUUCCACCUCAGUGCUCUGACCUUUCUACCCACUAAUUAACCUUUAUAGGCAUUUAACAGCCUUACAGACAGAUAUAUAUUUUAACUCUAGUUCUAGGUGUCUGAGCCAGUGAAUUAAAACUCAUGUACUUUCUACCUAAUUUAAACUCUUAGUUAAUAAAAAUAAUAAUAGCUAGCAUUUAUGGAAUAUGUACUAUAUUGAGGCAUUGUGCCAGUAUGUAUAUUAUGUAUAACGUCUACAACAACUUUGUAAGGCAGGUGGUGUUAUUCCCAUUAGGCAGAUGAGAAAACAGUCUCACAGAGGUUUGGUUAAGGUCACACAGCUAGCAAGUGCCACACUAAUUUGAAAAAAUCUUUCUCAUUGUAAAGCCUAUAUGCCUUUCACUUUAGAGGCUUAAUUAUGAACCUCUUAUCACUGUAUCUCUUUGUCACAGAGGGUUGGAAGAUGUACCCAUGUAAUCUAUCCCCACCACUAGAAAACAGCCCCCAUUACAUAACCUCAUAAGUCAGCAAUAAUUUUAGUGUUAAAAGCAGUAUUUGUUGCCUGUACUUGGCAAAAAGAGCAGCUGGAGAUCUUAAGAUUCUAUUUGGGGGAAAGAUUAGGCCCACCAAACUUCUGAGCCUUGGAAGCUGGGGAUGUGUUUUAAUACGGCCUAGUUUAAAGUAUCCAAGAACUAAAGAAUGUCCUUGAAUAUAGGCUUGGGCACAGCUUAUUCCACGUUACCUCAUGUUUACUGUAAUCAGUGAUGCAGUGGUAUAGGCACUGGAACCCAAGCAUUUAUGGAAAAGGGUGGAAUACUACUCAGGUUAAGAAGUCACAGAACUCCUUCACCACACAUUCUCUGGACUUAGUCAUGAAAAGAGGGUGAGUCCCGUUGAGUUCCCACUGGGAAUGCCAAAGAUUCUGAAACAAUAUACAACAAAGAGUUUGUGCUGUGCAGCAAAGGGGCAGGGCUCUGCAUUUAAUGUCCUUUGAGAAUCACACAGUACAGGUUGAGUAUCCCUCAUCUGAAAUGCUUGGGACCAGAAGUGUUUUGGAUUUUUUUCACAUUUAGAAUAUUUGCAUUACUUACUGGUUAAGCAUCCCAAAUUCAGAAUACAAAAUGAUCUAAUGAGUAUUUCCUUUGAAUGUCAUGUCAGCGCUCAAAAGUUUCAGAUUUCAGAGCAUCUUGGAUUUUGGAUUUUUGAAUUCAUGAUGCUCAACCUGUAUGAAAGAGUGGUAAAUAUGGGCUUUAGUGAAAAGGUCAUUUUUAGUAAGGCCUGUGUACUACUGGUGCAAUAAUAGAAACUCAAGAUUUUGGAUUGGAGGCCCAAGUCAACUUAGUUUAAUUAAUUGAGGCUUUUGAGGUUUUUUUUUUUUUUUUUUUUUUUGGUUUUUGGGGUUUUUUUUGGCAGCUGGUACAGGGAUCUGAACCUGUGACCUUGAUGUUAUAAGCUGCUCUUUAGACAACUGAGCUAACUGGCCAGCCUGCCUUCCAUGUUCUUAAUUGAACCAUACGUCAGAGAGGGCCAGCUCCCAUAGGUUGCAUGAGGAGGGGGUGACUUAGCUUUUAUCCUUUCCCACAUGGUUUCAUGUCCAAAAAUCUCAUGAAGUCAAUGUUACAAGAGGAUUCUGGGCUAGGUAUUAUGACAAUUCAGGAGGAAGUAAGGCCCUGCUUCCUAGUAUGCAUUUGUGGAAAUACAUUUAUAUGUAUGUAAGGUAAGAGAUCCAUACUAGAUUGUAAUUAUAAGUCCCGGGUUUAAGUGAUAGGGAGUUAAAGUAAGGAAAUCAAAGAGGGCCCAAAAUACUUCGUGCAGGAGGUCGGAGUUGUGUCUCAGAGGUUGGCUGAGUACAAAAUAGAGAAGAAUCAGGCGGAGAGAAAUGGAAGAAUUGCCAGCAUAGAGAAAAGUUAGACAAUAUUAAACAUUUGGGUCUAGCUACCAUUAGAGGCUUAUUGUUUGAUUUUACUUCGUUUGUAAUUUUGGUACAGGUAUAUGUCUCCCCACUGAAUGUAGAGAGGCUCACUUUAUUCAAGCUUUUCCUAAUUUAAAGUGUUUCUUCUGCUUAACAGCAUUUUUGAUUGAUAAAGUAUUUGCUUAUUAACGUGAAGCUCUAAGAUUUAGCUAGAUAAUAUUUUUGUUUAAUGGAGAAAGAUGUGAUUAAGAUUUCUUAGUGGGGAAUAACUGAUUAUGAAUUUGCUGGAUCUGAAAUGAAUAUUUUUGUAUUCAGCAGAUGUGUCAGAAGUUUCAGAAAUCAGCAGAGUCUGUCUUAAGCUCUGCUGAGUUGUGCUUAUGAAAGAAUAUGUAUGUAUAAGAAACAGAUUUGAAGUGGUAGAGUGUUCAGAAAAGGUACAAGUACUGACUAUUGAAUGGGAGGAGAUAGGUAGAUGUGCAGUUAAGUCACAGAAGCAGCAAGUCUUUACCGAGUGCAUUCCUAGCACUGUGCUAAGAGCUGUGUAUCAGAUUCUCCUUCAGGAAACUCGCAAUAUGCCUCAAAAGAAGUAUGGAGAAACCUCUUAGAAAAAGAUAGAUAAAGUAAAGGGGAGAUGAGAACUUAGCAAUAUAAACGUGUAUGAUAUCUAAAUGUGUAGACAUUGCCUCAUGCUUAUCUAAAAUAGAUAAAUUGAAUAAGGGACUGAAAAUGAGCCAGUGUUCUAGGUAGGUGUCUUAUAAUACCAGUAAUGUUGACACUCACUGUGAAAGUACAUAUUUUCUAAGGAUUCUCAACCCAAAAGAGAUUUUUGUUCUUUUGAUUUUAUUCCCUUGGUUCUUAGAUCUACAUAAGGAUAGGAUCUCUGGGAAAUCAUAUAUGAUAUAACUAUAUAGGUAGAGUUAUAGUUAUCAAUAGGGUGCAUAAAUUCAGUUUCUUCCCUCUAACUCUUGUGAAAAGGAUUCCUUCCAUCCUACUGCCUCCAGAAAAGUUCUCUCUGUGGGGAGAGAAAAUCUCAUUUUCCUGAGUCUGUCAAGGAAUUGCAUGGAUGGGAUUUGAGAAGUUUUUCUUGCAUGAAGAGGAUGAUUUGGAAAAGGCUUGCAAAUUAGCCCAAACUUGAAGGCCAACCGUGGAAUAAAAUUAACUUUAAGAUAAUCAGGUUUGAGACAAACGAGAGUUUUAAUGAAAAUGGAAAGUAUAAAGUCAUAGCCCUGGAAUUGCUGUUAUUUCAGGCUGCUGUGGAUUAAAGCCCAAUGGAUGACUCACUGUUGUAACCACUGGUCAAACGGAGAGGACAAGUAAAUACUUCAGGGAGACAUAUCUGAAAAGUUGUUUAGAAUGACUUUUGAUUGUGAAUCCUCAGCUCCUCAUAAGGUACCUGAGCAUCAUAUCCCUUAUUAAGAGGUAAUAUAGAGAUGUAGGAAGCAGAGCACCUCCACCAGGAUGAGAAAGGGAUUAGUGAAGAGGAAAGGGGAAAAAAAGUAGAAUUUGUAUUUCACUUCAACUGAUUUAUCGCGUGUGUGUGUGCGUGUGCGUGUGUGUGUUACUAACACAGUGCUUAGGUCAGGGCAUUCUUUAAAAAGAAUGCUUUGGCCUCCUGCCUCAUCCCACCUCUACUUCAAGCAUCAGACCCAAGAAUGAGCCCUUUGAAUGUCGGUGCAUUUAAAAAGUAAAAUAUGAAAAAAUAAAAUAAUAAGUGAAAAAUGAUUUUAAAAACUUCAUCUUUUUGGAUCAAAAGCUUCUAUAGAGCUCUGAGGAUUACAGAUAAAGACAGUGAAAAGAUAAUUUGAUCUUUGGACGAAAUGUGUGUGGAGUGUAAGAUAAGAAAAUUCAUGUGCUUGGGAUUCUUAACACAAAAUAUAUGACUUGGAUUGAUCUAUUUUUGGCACAUAGAAAAUAAAAGAUGCAAGA